AUGGACGUACGAGGUGACGCAGCACGGCUCGAGAGUGGUGAUAUCUGUAACGUCGAAUUCUCAUAUCCGUCUCAGACACGAACCAUAGACAUGCGCGGCGACAAAAUACAGCUCGAUAGUGAACAAAAAGCACAGACGUAUGAGGUGAGAACCAUAAUAUUGACAGCGGCAAUAUCUGGAUCUUCUGGCGUUCAUGUCUAUCCUAAACAGAAAGCAUCAACGUGCGAGGUGGACACAAUUGUAAAAACAUUCCGAAAUUACAGUACCGCACGUAGUAGUGCUGCCGAAGUCCAGUUCAGUCCGGUUCUUGGGCCAAAUUUUCCGAACGCCAAACCGAACCAUAGGUUCGGUUUAGCUGUUUGGUCGAACCCUGGACCGAACGUCACUGAACGCGUUCGGGAGGUCCGGUUCGCGUUCGAACCGGGUUCAACCAAGCUUGCAGAUGAUGGGCUGGAGCUCCACCACGAACGCCAUGCGCAAACGCCCAGUGCAUGUCAGCAACUGCUGACAUGGCUCAGAGGAGUGCGGACGACAGACGAGAGUAGGAGGAGGGAAGAAGACGAGGAGAUCUCGCGAAGGCGUUGGGAUGGUGCUCUAGGGGACUUGUGCAAGGUGCUGGGUCGUGAGGAGUCAGCAUAUCCCAGUAGACAAGGAAAGUUCAAGGAAGCUGCCUACCUUGUGUUGAUGGUCUAG